GCUAAGCUCAUUACACAAAAUAAUAAAAGAAGAAGACAUAAGAACACGAAAGAAUGAGUGAAGGAGAACAGAAAAAAGUGAAAGUGGCAGAGGAGGAAGAAGUAGAUUUGAUCAGCAAUCUUCCCGAUGUACUUUUAGGUUCUAUCAUUUAUCUACUUCCAUACAUGGAAGUUGUUAGAACAAGUGUGCUUUCCAAGCGAUGGGAGACAUUGUGGAAGAACGCUCAUGAUCUUAGUUUUGACCAAAGACAAAUGUUGAAGUCUUUGAUUGAAGAUUACAUUCAAAAUUCUCCACUUGUUGACCGCCUUACAAUGGCUAUGGAGCGCAAGGUAGCUCCCAUAAAUGAGGAAUAUUUUGAUGUAAUUGCUGAAGCAGCCUUGAUGAUUACAUCAAAUAUUGACAAUCAUAUUGGUCCCUUGAAGAGUUGUACCAUUCGACACUUGCCUGAGAGUUGUGCAAGUGCGGAUGUUGUGGGGUGGUUGAGGAAAUUACUGGAAAAAGGGGUGAUUAAGGUUUCAAUAGAACGUGAAUCUUGUGAUUAUCAUAACGGAGGAAUAUCAGACAUGGAUGUAAAGCUUGCUGCAUCAACCAUUGAUUUACCAUUUGAGGUUUUCUCCAAUUUUAAGGUUCUUGAGUUAAAGAACUACUAUUUUAACACUACACCUUCCCCUGAUUCCCAACAGACUUUAAAAACACUUACUCUUAACAAAGUGCGUAUUAUAUCAAACACUUUUUACGAUAUUCUCGCCUACUGUUCAUCUCUUGAAAACCUUACCGUCGAGAACUGUGAUUUCUUAAGAGAUGAACUUAAGAUUGUAAGUCCAAGUCUGAAAUAUAUUAAAAUUUGUAAGAUGAAUGUGCUUAGGAUUUUGAUUUCUGCAUUUAAUGUUGAAGUCAUAGAGAUUGACUCCAUUAUUUGUAGUCAUCAAGAUUUGGUCUUUGAGGCCCCAAAACUUCAAGUUCUUCGUGCUUACAAUGAAUUUCAAAUGCUUGGAGAAAUUGUAUUUAUCGAUGGAAGAAAGCUUUUGACAACAAGGGAUAUCAUAGAAAUUUGCAGUGGUAUUCUGGGUCAUCGAGGUUCAGGCAUGGGAAAUAUAUUUAAGCAUUUGGUCACUCUUUGCCUCGACUUUGAAUUAAACAGUAGCAGAAAUACCAGAGCUCUUUCUUUUGCACUCAAGUCUUACCCGCAACUAAUGAAUCUUCAAAUAAAUAACCAGGUCAAGUUUGAUUACUAUGAUCAGAAUGACAAUGAUUCUCUUCCUUACCCCGUAAGUUUGUUUUGGCUCAAAAGGGACCCGUGUAGGUGUGUUAGCCGCAACCUAAAGUCUGUUUGUAUAAAGGGAUACAAAGGUGGAGAGUUUGAAUUUGAGUUCGUUAAGUACUUAGUAUUAAAUGGCGGAGUUAUGGAUAAUAUUACCAUUUGGUUUUUGGAUGAAUGCUCGUGGGAUGAAGUUGUAGCAACUGCAUGUUUGCGGUCAUAUCCAAAACUCUCUCCUAAAUUGUCAAUUGAUUUGAAACCUGGGACCGAGUAUAUACAAAAGUAUGGAGGUAGCUUUGAUGAAUGGGUGAGAACCCUAAACUAAAGUGGUUGAUGAAAAGUUGAAGUGUUUUUGUUGUCAUGAAUCUUAUGUUUAAACCUCUCAAGUUGUUAUUAGACAUAUGUUGGUGUUUUUAUUUGAUGAUUUUGGAUCUUGGAUUUUCAUAUGAUAAUUUUGUAUCUUGGGUUUUCA